AUGAUUGACAAGUUUGAAAUAGAAAUGGAAAUUGAUACAGGAGCUUGUGUCUCUGUCAUUCAUAUAGAUGAUUACAAUAAGUAUUUGAGGCAUAUUGAAAUGCAAAAGGAUACCAAAUGUCUUAAGGUUGUGACCGGUGACCGUGUUAAAGUUGUUGGUGCAAUUUUAGUAAAUGUGGAAAUUAAUUGUAACUCGUGGAAACUUAAAUUGUAUGUGCUUGACGGCGAUCAAACUUUCACGCCUUUGCUGGGCAGAAACUGGUUGGAUGUUUGUGCUCCGAAUUGGAGAAAUAUAGUUGGCGAAUUAAAAUGUUUAAAUUCAUUAGACAAAUUCAAUUUCGAAAAGUAUUCACAACUAUUUUCGAAAUCAAAUAAUUCAACCAUUAGGGACUACACAGCUGAAAUCUACCUCACCGAUGAAGCUUAUCCAAUAUUUUCCAAACCGUAUCCAGUGCCAUAUGGUCUAAGGAAAAAGGUAGAAGAUGAAUUGGAGAAAAUGUGCAAGGAAGGUGUAUUAGUGCCCGUUAGCAGAAUUUAUUAUAACCCAGCCACAAUGAUGUUCCACAACUAUAACAAUGAAAUGAAUUUAAUUAUCAGCAACAACAACAACUACUACUCAGCCACUCUACAGGAAGAGUCUGUUCCUCGUUUUGCCAAAGAAGAUUGUAAUAAGACUAUGAAAGAUUACAUUGCUGGUUUUUAUUACACUUGA